ACACGCUGACCUGUCACAAGGGAGUCAUGUUGAAAUCAGGCAGUGGCUUCUCGAAGACACCCAUUGAGUGGAAGUCAUUUGGGACCAUACAGAGCGCACCUGGGGAGCUGUGUCAGGAGACGCUCCUGCUCAUAGACGUAGGACAAGGUUCUGUCCUAAUAGGGAGCAAAGGCUGCAGCAGGCCGGUGGCCCAGCCCAGCCCUGGAGUGUCCCUGCACUCCCAGCACCCUGGAAUGCUGAUAGCUUCCUAUUUCCACUUCUGCUCCUCCCCGCUGUGCAAUGCAGCCAGCAACAGCAGCAUCCUGCUCAGCUCCCUCCCUCGGCCAGCCGCUCCUGCCCCGGGAAGCCUGCAGUGUCCUGCCUGUGUGCAGUUAUUUGGGUCCUGCCCUCAGAACACCAGAGUUGUCACCUGCCCUCAGGGUGCCACUCACUGUUACAAAGGUGCCAUUGGUCUCCAGGGAGGUGGACUGUCUUCCGGAGUGAGCAUUCAGGGGUGCAUGGCCUCACCCACUAAAUCCUUACUGGGCAACUCCAAAGCGUUCGGGAUCUUCUCUGCAGAGGAAAUCUCUGAGGAUGAAGAUGCCACUGGAGGUGCCAAAGGAGAGUCCAAAGGAGGUGCCUCGACCUCUUCGGCCUCUUCCCUGGCAUGGCUGUUAGGGCUGGGGCUCUUCUUAGCCCUUUGUCUGGAGGGCUUUGCCCUCCCGGCUGAACCCAUUUUCCUGCCCUCCCUAAUCCUGGCUGGCCUCCCAUGCCCACCCUCCCCUGAUGUCACAACCUGAACCUCAGGCUGGCACUGUCACCCCUUGCUGCCCAGGUGCCCCCAUCCCUCGCCCACACACCUGUGCCUCCAUGUUUAGAUACAGGAGCCUCUGCACUCAGCCUGCUCCAGAGAGGACAGCCUCACAGAGCCACACAUGGGAUA